AUGAAUCCUGCUGAACUUAAUCAGUACCAACCAGUCGCUACCUUUGAGAAGCACGAAAGCACACAUUUCUACAAAAUGGAAAAGGGUAGUCCAUCGCGCCAGUUUAUGGCUGGCAUCAUCGUGAACCUCGCCUCGGUUAUGGUAGGCACAUCGCUCGGUUGGACCUCACCGAUUGGUCCGAAAUUUGCCUCCAAAGACAGCACACCGCUGGAUACGAUCCCGUCGGCAUCGGAAAGCUCCUGGAUUGCGUCCCUGGUAGCGAUGGGUGCACUGAUUGCACCCUUCAUUGGUGGCCCGUUGGCGGAACGGAUUGGGCGGAAGUACACGCUACUCGCUAGCUCGGCAUUCUUCAUCGUGUCCUGGGUGCUGCUGUUGACGACGGAAACCGUUGUGCAGGUGCUAGUGGCCCGCUUCCUGCAAGGGUUGGGCGUUGGCUUCGUAAUGACCGUGCAAACUAUGUACAUCGGGGAAAUCGCCAGUGCCGAGUAUCGCGGUGCGCUAGGAUCCCUCAUGCAGCUGUGCAUCGUUACUGGAAUUCUGUACGUGUACAGCAUUGGACCGUAUGUGUCCUACCAUGCACUACAGUGGGCCUGUCUGGUACUGCCGAUUGUGUUCGAUGCGACGUUCUUCUUUAUGCCGGAAACACCCGCGUACUACAUCUCCAAGGGAGACAAAGAGAAGGCGGUCGAAUCGUUGUGCUUUUUGCGCGGUAAAACCGUGGAAGGUGUGCAGGAGGAACUGCACGAAAUAUCGACCACGGUCGAGGAGUCGCUCAAGAACAAGGGUACCGUGAUGGACCUUUUCCGCAAUGCCGGCAACGUGAAGGCACUGAUCAUUUGUGCCGGUCUGAUCAGCUUCCAGCAGCUGUCCGGCAUCAACGUGAUUCUGUUCUACAGCCAGAACAUCUUCGAAAGCACCGGCAGCAGCCUGUCCCCGGCCGUCUCAACCAUUCUCGUCGGUGCGGUACAGGUGUUGGCCAGCGGUGCCACCCCCCUAAUCGUCGAUCGGCUGGGCCGGAAGCCGAUCCUGCUGACAUCCGCAGGGGGCAUGUGCAUCUCGCUCGGUACGAUGGGACUGUACUUCUUCCUCAAGCACACCGAAUCACCCUCCAUCAAUAGUCUCGGCUGGCUGCCGAUUAUGUCGCUGAUCGUUUUCGUGACGGUGUACUGCAUCGGAUUCGGACCGUUGCCGUGGGCGGUACUAGGGGAGAUGUUCCCGGCGAACGUGAAAUCGAUCGCAUCCUCGAUCGUCGCAUCCAACUGUUGGGUGCUUGGCUUUAUCAUUCUGCAAUUUUUCGCCGAUCUCGACAAGGCCGUCGGGUCGCACUGGUCGUUCUGGAUCUUUGGCAUCCUGUGCGGUGUGGCGUUCGUGUUUACCUUCACGACGGUAAUGGAAACCAAGGGACUUAGCUUGCAGGAGAUUCAGGAUCGGUUGAAUGGUAAAAUCUAA